UUUUUAUUUCUAAAAGAACAAAUUAUUGUUAUGGAACCACUAGGAGAUCGUCGUCCUUGCUGCGUAUGUAUCACCAAAAAUAGAAAUUGUCCUAGAUUCUGCGAAUAUGCGGAAUACUUUCCAUAUGAGUUGCGAAGUCAUUAUGAAAGUACUAAUGAAUUGUUUGGCACACCAAAGAUCAUUAAGAUGAUGAGGCAUGCUCCUGAAGAAAAAAAACAAAUGCUUGCAACUUCCAUAAUCAUGGAAGGUAAUGCUUGGACAAAUGAUCCUGUAAGUGGUGGAUUUGGUAUGGUGCAAAAGAUCAUGUGGAAGAUUAUGUUACACAAAGCCUACCUUCAUGAACUCGAGGAGAAGAUUAAGGAAGAGAAGGAAAAAAUCGAGCUUCAUCUUUAAGUGAUACAUUGUAGCAUAUAUUAUUUAUGCAUCAAAU